AUGGCGAAGAGCGGCACGGAGGAGUGGCGGAGCAACGCCGACACGCACAAGAUGAGCCCGGAGGAGGUGAGGGCGGCGGGGGUGGAGGCGUCCAAGCGCCCGCCCGGCCGCGGCGGCAGCCCUGGGGAGGUCCUGCACCAGCGCGGCGGCCGCCUGCCGUACGGGCCUGGCACCAUGGCGCUGAUGGGGUUCGGCAUCGUCGGCGUCAUAGGCUACAUGGUGCUGUACCAGAAGGCGAGGCCCGGCACGCCGGCCACCGAGGUCGCCAAGGUGGCCGUCGGGCACGGUGACCCCGCCGUCGGCCGCGACGUCCAGAGGCGCCAGGACGAGGGGGCGCCGUCGCCACCGCCACGCGAUGGGAAGUAG